AUGUCAGGAGACUGUGAUGAAGAGAUAGGUGAGUUCUUAUCUCUGCUUGGAGACGAAUUUGAGGGAGCUUUGGAGCCAAUAGAAGGCGAUGGGUAUUGUUUUUUUUCGGCGCUGGUGAGAGCUCUUUCUUGGGAAGCAGUUUCGAGCCCAUGGCGAUUGUACAUGCUUGCUUUAGUUUUUUUGUGGGAAGCUGCUGACCUGCAUAUGUUUGUUUCCUUUCCUGAUGGGUGGGAAGAGGUUUGUCGAGCGUAUAUUGCGACCGCUUGUGCAGAACUGGAAGUGGGGCAGCUGGAGGGCAGCCAGGUGUAUGUGCUUGAUAAGCUUCUUCAUGUAGCGCAGAAAGUUCGUGUUCUGGAUGGCCCAUAUUGGGGUGAUGCACCUGAAAUAGCCGCACUGGGCCGAGUGCUCGGUGUGAAGAUUCUUAUCAUCCCGGUACCAUUUCAGGGUUCUGUGAUGAUUCUCGGGCGCGAGCUGGAGUUUCAUGAGUGGGAUAUCAGCACGGUGCGAGAUGCCUUGCUUAUGCAUGACAUUGUCUUGUUGCAUCGUCGAGGGAACCAUUAUGAUCUUCUGAGGUUGAACGAAGUAAAAAAACCGCUGCAAUGUACCAGUUGGGAGGCUUUGGUGCACAGUUGCAACUGGAGAGUGGCUGUGGAUUUGCCUGCAGGACCGACAAGACGUAUGUUGCUAGAACUGAAGGCAGAGUUAACAGGAAAUUCUGCACCAAUGGGAAGUCGGGAUGCUGAGACAGAAAGUGAUGAUGCAGAGAGUUCGGAAUCGAAUAGUGAAGCUGAUUCUCUGAGUAGCGACGAUGGCUCGGGCGAGAUGGCUUGCCAAUGUCGCAUAUAUGAGAAAAAAAGUUGGCAAACCGAUGAAGAUAUGCUGGAUGAGUUUGUGCAUCAGAUAGCCGCAGAGUUGAGAGAGUGGCCAUUGUUACCAGUCGAUCCGCGUGACCCAGACCAUUGUGAGAGUUGGACAGAUGUCGGAGGCAUUAGCUUACCGCUAGCGCAUUGUGCGUUUAAAGGCUGUGGCUGGUGCAGUGACGACUUGACGGCUUUAAGUGGACAUUUGUGCAGGGAGCAUGGUGGGGCGCUGUCUGGUCAAAGGCACAGUUGCUUGUGUGAACAGGAUGUGUGUAAUGAAAACAUGGCACUGUAUUGCGCGGCUAUCAGGGCAAAGGAGGAGGAACAUGUGCCACUGGUUGGCCCGUCGAUAGAUCGGCGAGCCAUCUGGCAACUGAACGUUGCGUGCAAUGAUGCAGGCUUGGAGAUGUUGAUCUGUGUAUGUUGUGCAACGAAGAAGGUGCAUGCGCAAAGUGCUGCAGCAUCAGAACUAGAAUUGCGGAAGGGGGCAGAUCUUUUGCGACUCGGGCGUCCAGUGCUGGAAGUGAACUUUGGAAUGGAAAGGUUCCGCCGUUUGUAUGGUUGCGGGCCUCAAUUUGCGGAGGACGAAGAUUUGCAGGUCGGAGGGCCGUGGUGUCGCGUGCUGGUGGGCGUUGGCGCAGAAAGUGUGGACAUGGAAAUGUUGUGUUGCCCCGAAGAUAUUGCGUCUUGUGGAAAACAUGAGGAUAUACUACGGCAGCUGAAAGGCCCUUUGUCGGAACAGGACAUGGAGCAAAUUCCAAGAUCACCGGAGAGUUUACGUUAUCUUGUCAGAUUUACAUUGGCAAAUGAACUGGGAGAAAUGCUGGGACGCUGCAAAUCGUUGUUCUUACGACCUGGCGUGGUGUUGCUCUGCUUGUAUGAGCUGAUUAGAAGGGGCCAUGAGGCGUUUGCGGGUAAAGGAGAAGCUGAGGAGUUGCGCCAGCAAAUGAAGGCCAAAGUGGAAAGGUGGUAUCCAGAGACAGAAGCAGAUGUGCCACUGGAAGAACGCCAAGGACACAUUCCACCAGGUUUGGUGGAUCUCAUUCCAGCUGCAUCUGGUCUAUGGAAAGAGAAGCAUGCAACCCCGGGAAGCGCUGCCAGUGAGACGUUGCAGCUCGCCUUGGCCAAUGUGGAACGACACACGCAAAUUUUUGAUGUCAACGCGUACGGGGAUCAAGCCGUGCCAGAUCUUCAAACGGAAAUUCUCGGACAUUUUGCUGAUUUAGAUGUCACAUUGGACCGGCAGUUCAUUCCUCAAUGGCAGUCGAAAUACUUUUCUCAAAUUCUUCCUUUUGAGAUACCACGCAUGGUUUCCGGACCGGACUUUCCCGGAACGCCUCGGUGGAGACGUCAGGGCCAGUGGGGAGAAGACAAUUAUGCGGCUUGGGUCACGCCUACUGCUUUCUUGCGGGCCUUCGCUCGCCGAGUGGAAUUACAAACUGCAACAAGUUGGACAGCAGUGCCAAUUGUUCGAUCCGUUUGGCAUCGACAUUACAUCGAAAACCAAGGUUCAGCAUUAGGUUCGUUCCGAACACUGCGGGGCGGGCCGCAAUUGGUGGAGGUCUUGCACACCGGGCAUUACAAAUGUGGAGAAGGCCUACGGGCAAUAGCAGGUGAUACAACCAGGUUGCCAUACGCCGUUGAGUUGGAGCCAGAAGAACAACGGGUAGCCCAGCGCGUCAACUUUUUGGCGGCCCAUUUACCUGGCAAUCCGUUGACUAGGCGAAUGAUGGGCCAUGUGCAACUGGGUGCCCGAGUUGUUUGGGGGGACUGUGUGUUCAUGACAAUCUCGAUGAACGAGCAGCAUUCUGGAUUAGUGUUGCGAAUGUUCCGAGCCCGUGAAACAGACCCUUUGCUUCUGACUGAACAAAUGAAGCAAAAUAGGGCCAGACAAUGGAUUGGCCCACUGGACCCGAAACUGGUCGAAGAAGAGGCAACUGUGGAUAUGCCGGUGCCAAGUGCCAAGGUACGAGCGCAACUAGCAGCCCAAGACCCUCAUGCAGUGAUGGCUGCUUUUCAAUUGGAAGUGAGAGUCCGAUUGGCUCAGCUCCUAGGCCUUCGAAUGAGCUAUCAUGCCAACGCAGAGCAUCUGUAUGAAGAGUGGUGGGAUCGCUUUCAGAAGCGAGAGCAUGAUCCUUUGUGCUUUUGGCCGAAGCAUUUGGUUGAAGGUGGCCCUGCUUUGGCCUGGGAGGACAGCUCGCAGAUUGAAGCAGCCCGUCAGGAAGGGUUGCAAUGGAAGGCAAAAUAUAUGUCGGAUGUACAGUGGGUGUAUGGACGGGUUCAGGAACAUGUUCACCGCCGGAGCAAAACAGGCUGGCAGCCUUUGGCCGGCUGUUUGAGGAAAGGGCAUGCUAAGCGUUGCAAGCAUGACUUUCCAUGCAAAACAAAGUGGAGGGACAAGUGGCGUGUGGUUUGUCCUGGAAAUUGUCGUCGCCUGGGACGGCGGGUGCAGGGGCGGCGCAACAGUUUGGGAGUCAUUUUACCUCCGCGUUCUACACCGUGGACUAGUGGCACACACCCUGCUUUUGCGGCUGUGUUUCGAUUCAACACAGACACCCGCCCAAACUAUCGCAUGCCCAUCAUACCAGAAACACACGACGAUGAAUUGUGCCGGGCUGGGUGCACACAAGACGAAAACAAUCAUUUUGUGGAGGUGACGGCCCGCAAAGCAAUGAAAGCAGGCCGUUUAGCCACCGGCUAUUUCUGUGGAUAUACUUUCAAGGCGCAGGUGUCAAACAAAAAAGCUUUGGACGUAGCGUGUAAGGCCCUGUGCUAUGCCAGUGAGUCGUUUGAAGGGAAGACCCGGGGGCAGCAGUUGCAUCGAUUGUUGGUACGAACCAUGAGUGAUUUCUACUUGCAAACUGUGGCUCGGUCGUGA